AUGCAGUUCUUUCAGCCGUCGAGCCGUGCAAGAUCGCUUGGAAUCCUUACGGCCCUCACUCAGACGCACCCGUUUCGCACCAACGAGCCGUUUCUUGCCCAGCUGCUGGAUCUUGAGAGGGUGAUGGAGGAGUACGAGCGUUCAUCUGGCAAGAAGCUGGAGGAGGACCUCAAAACCUCGAUCCUCCUCAAGAGCAUCUCAGGCGGGAUGCGGAACCACCUGUCCACCGUCCUGACGGAGACCUCCUUCUACGACGAGAUCAGAGAGGCAGCCCUUUCCCCUUCAAACCUUUUCAGCACCGAGUCUUCGUAUGCGCAGUCCCACGAGCAGGAACCGCAGCCAAUGGACAUCGGUCCAGUUAAGGGUGGUCCUAAAGGGUACAAAGGUGGCAAAGGUCCUAAGGGUCCUAAGGGUUCAAAAGGUGCAAAAGGCAAUGACAGCAAGGGCAAGUAUGGCAAGGCUGGAGGCAAAGAGUCUAAAAGUUAUUCUCAGAGCUACAACAAUGCCAAAGGCGACAGGAAUCCAGGCAAAGGUGGCAAGGGUGAUAGGAAAGGCAAGAACAAUGCACCGCCACAACUGUGGCCCGGCACCUCCACCAGUGCCGGCAUGCACCUUUCUUGCAUCCCCUUGAGCUUUGCAUCUUGUGGAGUCAGUUCCCCUGGAGAUUGCGGUGGCAGCAUGCAGGUGAGGGAUGAGCGCAUUGUCGAUUUCGUUUUGCAAAGCCCAAGCCAUGGACAGCCGCUGAUAAGCAUGGGUCGAUUGAUCAAGCAAGGUUGGUUUCCGUGCCAAAAUGCUCAGGGCUUCUGGCUGAACCACGAUGCUUCAGGAGCUGAUGUUCCUAUGUCAUUUCGAGGCAUGAGCCUUGGAGUGGAUGCUGAAAUCCGUCGCGUCGAGAAGGCCGAGGUCCCAGUUUCUCAGGUGCAAGCAUGCGAUCCACAGAGUUCCCACGUCCAGUCGAAAGGUUCUCAGGUGCAAGCAUGCGAUCCACAGAGUUCCCACGUCCAGUCGAAAGGUCCUCAGGUGCAAGCAUGCGAUCCGCAGAGUUCCCACGUCCAGUCGAAAGGUCCACAAAUUCAGCCAAGUGUGCCACAUGCACGAGUCCUUCAGCGUGCAGUGUUAGGUCAAGAACUGAACAGCUUGCAUUUCGGCUGGCAGAUCAUCACUUCAGGCAAUUUGUGCUGGCGGGGCAGGUCGUCACGCAUGAUAGAUCCGUCCUUCAUGGUUGAUCAAAGUUGGCCGAUGCGUUCUACACUGAUGAGACGAAGUGAAACCUCAGCUUGGUUCUUGAUCGAACACUGCGAAGCUUGGAUGGAGCUGGAAGAUCUUGAAGAUGACAUUCCCGGAGGCGGAGAGGCGGAGUUGAUCGUUUGCAUGCAUACCGUCAAAGAGCCCAGGAGUGCGCUUGGAGUUGAGCACCUCACUGAGAGUUUGGUUGAGGAUGUGAUUCCAUCUCCUAGAACUCCGGAGAAUCCGCUUGAUGAAGAUGAAUUGGUUGAUUAUGAACCGUCGCCAGUUGAUGAGCCCGAUGCAGGUGUAAUCAUUCGUGAAGAGCCUGUGUCCCGAGGUGCGUUGCCCGACAUGGAAGAGCCUCUUGGCAAUCCCGUUGCUGAGCCUGCUGACACGCUCACCCUUGAUGGCGUUGUGCUCAACUGUGAGAGUUCGAUUGGUGCCCUGAAAGCAGCCUGCGCUAAGUUGGGUUUGAGAACUUCCGGUUCUAAGACUAGACUGUUUCAGAGGAUAAAGGGUUACCUUGAGAAGCAAAAGCUUUCACUUGCCUCAGACAUCGCUCGAGAUGCUUCAGAGGGAGCUGCUCGAUUGCCCCACAUGCAAUCAAUCCCCGAUGUUCCGUCCAGAGAGCAACAGCUCAUCCACGAGCUUACUCACACGCGUGGUGCAGCCACUGCAUCACCAUGCGAUCUGUUCCGGACAGAUCAGAGGCUACAAAUGCCGCACCACGAGACCUCCCGAGCUCCUUCCUCGAACGAGCUUGAGCCUGUAGCAGGUGAACCUUCUUCAAGUGCCAAGGACCUACUUUGCUGUCUGAUCGCACACGAUUCCGCCACUGGUGCCAUCACGGCAAUACCCUGUGAGAGCAAAGGCAGCACGCGAUACCUUGGGGUUGAGCUGAUGAGGUUCAUUCAAUCCUUGGGUCAUGCGACCGUGGAGUUGAGGUGUGAUGCUGAACCAGCUACACUUUCGUUGCAGCGUGCUGUGGUGAAUGCGAGACAGAGGCUGGGAUUGAAGACGGUUGAAAGGAAUCCUCCUGUUGGCCACCACCAAGCCAACGGGUAUGUUGAGAAAGCGGUAGACCUGAUCCGAAGGUUGGCGUGCACUCUCUUGGACAUGGUAAGAGCCAAAACUGGGUGCAUGAUCGAAGCUGGGCACCCUCUCUUCGCAUGGUCCUUUGUGCAUGCUGCAUGGAUCCGGAACAGGUUCGCUGUGGCAGGAGGACUCACGGCGUAUGAACGCACUUGCAACGCUGCUUACACCGGGAAGCUUGUGGCGUAUGGAGAGCCAGUGUUUGCACAAGUGCAUGCAAAGAAGAAAGGAGACCCAAAAUGGCUGAAGGCGAUUUUCUUGACCAAGACGAGUUUGAACGACAUGUAUGUGGUUGCAAGCAAAGGUGGUGUUCGAGUCACUCGAUCGGUGAGACGCACAGGUCACGAGCGGAAGCAUGAUGCUGCUUUGUAUGCCGAUGUUAAGGGUUUUCCUUGGAACUACAGUAGCAGGGUCAUAGGAACUAAGAUGGUUCCCCCGGCCAAGACAAGGAAGGCCUUGCCUGCACCAAGCAGCCCACAAGACGUUGCAGCUUCAGAUCCACCUGAGACGCCAGUAGUGUGGACCCCGAAGCCCCUUAAAGUGCCUUUCAGUCGUCCACCACCGCCAAGCUCCAGGGUGCCCGAAAGUGUUCCAACACCGGGACCUGAGCUUCCAAAUCCUUCACAAAGGCCACAUGUGCCUCCUGCAACACCCGUGGAAGACCUGCUUCCACUCACAAGUCCAGUGGUGCCAUCAGGCGCUGCUAUGGAGACAGACGAGGCCAGCGAUGUUCGUGAAGAACGUGCUUCGAAAGUCCCAAGAAUCCGAACUGUUUCUUUUGGCAACAAAGACUUCGAUUUGAAUGACGAGCCCUUUGAGUUUGUGGAUGCAGAAUGGUCCGACUUCGAGUUUGUUGAUCCGGACUACGACAAAAGCUCGAGCACCGAACCCGACUUGGCAGUGCAGAACGAGGCGGGGCAGAGCGUUGAUGCCAGUGCUCUUUGGUUUCCAGACAGUGGAUGUGAACCGAGUCUUUCAGAGUCAGAGUUGUUCGAACUUGACAGGAUUGCUGAUGCUGUGGAAGUGAAUAGGCUUAUACAGAAGGGUGUGUUGCGCCCAUCGUCCGAGAAGGACAACGUUUCAUCAAUGAAGAGCCUCUCGACCAAAAAUGGUCAGGACUUGGAGGUCAAAGAAGCGGAAUGGGUGGCAAGAGAGUACCGCUGGUUGGAAGAGAAACAGGGGCUAUUUUCUCCAAGUACCACGACAAACAUGGUGAAACUCAUUCCGAUCCUUUUCCUUUUGUGGCGAGCGACGAGGCAAGAGCAAUACGCAAUAUGUGCUAUAGACGUCAAAGACGCCUAUCUAGAGGUGCCUCAGGAAGAGCCCGUCGUCGCAGAUCUACCCAAAGAUUGCAUGCUUCAAGGACAAUACGUCUUUGAGAAGUGUGUGCCGGGACAGAGAGACGGCGCACAAAGAUGGUUUGGAUACUACGUACAGUUUCUGAGCAGCAAGUUCAAUGCCCUUGAGUCGUGUGUUGAGAAUCCGGCAAUUAUGCGUGUCCCCGAGGGCCCGAUGAUCAUGCAUGUUGACGACGGCCUCACGCUUGCUCCUCUGACAUGGCUCAAACAGAAGUACAUUCCUACGUUGCAAUCACAAUUCGAGAUUUCGGUAGAGAUUGCGUGCAAGAAUGGAGAUGUCUUUUCUUUCUUGAAGAGAAAGCACACUAUUUUGGAGUCUGGGAUUUUAGUGGAAACUUCGAGCAGCUACAUACGACACAUGGCCGAAGUACUUGAUGUCAAGCAUGGAUCGAAGUACAACACACCAUAUUUCCCGGAGCUAAUUCGCGAAGAUGUUUCCGGUCCUCUUGAUCCUGUUCGAGCAGGAAAGUUCAGGAGUGCACUGGGAAUUGCGCUCUAUUUGUCAAGUGAUCGUAUUGACAUCUGCUACUCUGUCCGAUUGUUGGCAGGAUUCAUGGCGAAUCCCAGCGAACAGGCAUGGAAGGGAUUGAUUCGACUGACGAAGUAUUUGCUGAACACGGCUGAGUAUGGCACACUUCUUUCACCCAAGCUUCCUGGGUCUUCAGUCUUUCGCGAGGCAAGCCACGAUGAUAUGAACCAUCGAAUGGAAAUCUACAGCGACUCUGACUGGAGUGGACACCGGGUUACAAGAAAGUCUUUUGGAUCCGCUUCGUAUGCGCUGAAUGGAUGUGUGUUCCAUCACAUUUGCAGGUCACACCGUACAGUGAGUCUUUCGUCUGCUGAAGCUGAAUGGUAUGCUGCAAUAAGUGCUGCUUGCGAAGGAAUCUUUCUGAGGGCGGUUUUCGUCUUCAUGGCAGCCGCUGCAGAAUGCUCAUUGGAUCUUAAGAUUGACAACUCAGCAGCGAGACAGUUGGCAUUGCGUCAGGGUGUGGGAAACAAAACUCGACACGUUGCAGGGCGUCUGCUGUGGCUUCAGCAAUCAGUGCGUGAGAAAGUCUUGGAUGUUGGAGCAAUUGCAAGUGCUUACAACCUUGGCGACUUGUCAACAAAGAUGCAUAGUGCUAACAGACUCCGAGCUUUGCUAUUCUUGCAUGGGUUUGUCGAUGCUCUGACAGGCGCAGCUGUGGGUGAAGAUGAUUUUGCUCGAAUGGCCUUGCAGGAACAAGCAAAGCUGCAAGUCAAGAGAGGUGAAGCCGGCAAGCUCACAAAGCAGGUAGCGCUUCUUACUCUUCUUUGUUUGCCUACAACAUCAGAAGCGGCAGAGGCGGGGAUUCCGUACCAGAGUUAUGGCAUGUCGAACAUGACCUGGGCCACCGUCCUGCUAUGCUGCUGUUUGUGCAUUUACCGGGCCUUGAGCUGGGCUAGGGAUCUACAUGGCUUUGACAUGAACAGUCUUUUGGAGAUGAGCUCACAGGACUUUGCGUCAAAAGUGAUCAUGGGUUGCGUUUUCCUAUGUGGACUGAUGCCGGAGUGUACCAUGGAGCAGUACAUGUGUUUCUUUCUGCUUGUGGUGGUGUGGACAAUGCAUCGCUACAUUCUUCGACUGGAAUGCGAGCUGAAGGCGACAUGCACUGAGCCGGUGAAUCGUGAGCCGAUGGGAGCCCGUUCGAGUGUCAAUGUGAAAGUUGUGAUACCCCAAGAGCUCUUUGUCACGCUUCAUGGUGAGUUUUUUCAUCACAAAAGCUGUGGAGUCUUGAAGACUUCCAGAAAUCCCUCAAAGAGGUUGAGCUUGUGCAGUCACUGCAAGGACAUGCUGAAGAAUGCAGAGUAG